CUUCACAUUCAAAUUCAGCUGAUGUUGGCUGUAAUAAUAUGGAGAAAGAAAAACACACAAAAUUCUUUUUUUUAUUAAAGUUUAAAGUUUCUUUCGAUGAGUGUGCGUGUUUUUUUUUAAUUUCUUGUUAUCUUCAAAAACAACAUAUUUUCUCUCUUUUCUCCUCAUAUAAAAUUCAUUCGAAAGUGUAAGCAAAUUUUCAUUUGCCUCAGUCUUGAAUCGUUAUUGAAACCGUGAACAGACACGUGGAUUAUUUUGUCUUCCCACAGUGGCCUUGUAGUAUUUUCUAAAUCAUCUUUUUUUACUUUCAUUUGAUACAUUUCUCAUAAAAUUGUGAUUCAAAAUGGCUUUUCGCAUUCUUAAGUUAACUCCAAACUUCGCAAGAAUGAUGUCAACAAAUGCGACAACAGUUGGCUUUGUUGGCCUUGGUCAAAUGGGCAAUCGGAUGGCAACAAACUUGAUCAAUAAGGGAUAUAAAUUAAAUGUUUAUGAUGUAUCAUCAGAUGCUUGUGACGCAAUGAAGACGAAAGGAGCGAAAGUUUUUGGUAACACACGAGAAUUGGCAAAAAGUUCAGAAUUUGUCAUCACAAUGUUGCCAAAUAAUGAUAUUGUGACACAAACCUAUGAAGAAAUGAUUAAAGAUGGUGUCAACAGCAACACACUAUUUGUCGAUUCCUCAACUGUUGAUCCUAAUGUGUCGAAAUAUGUACAAAAGAUUGUCAAGGCAGCAGGCGCAAGUUUUGUCGAUGCUCCAGUUUCAGGGGGUGUUAUGGGCGCUCAAAAUGCUACACUUACUUUUAUGGUUGGAGGAACAACUGACGAGUAUAACAAAGUGAAGGGUUUCUUAGAAGGAAUGGGCAGAAAGAUCACUCACUGCGGGACAACCGGAAUGGGUGAAGCAGCAAAGAUUUGCAACAACAUGAUGUUGGCAAUUUCUAUGAUUGGCACAGCUGAGACUAUGAAUCUUGCCAUUCGCAUGGGACUUGAUCCAAAAGUAUUUAACGAAAUUAUUAAUUCAUCGACAGGACGUUCAUGGGCAUCAGAAGUUAACAAUCCAGUGCCUGGGUUGAAUCCAACAGCACCACCAAGUGAUAACUAUAAUGGAGGCUUCUCUGCAGCUUUGAUUACAAAAGAUUUGGGACUUGCAUCAAGUGUUGCCACCGAAACAAACUCACCCAUUCCAUUGGGUGCUUUAUCCCAUCACAUCUACCGGAUGAUGAUCGCAAAAGGUUUGGGAAAUAAAGACUUUGCCGUCAUCUAUGACUUCAUUAAAAACAAUUCGAAGUGAAUUAAUGAGUUCUCUGCCGUAUCUACAGCAAUAAAAUGAACGAGAGAAAAAAACUUUAGGGAAACCCUUUUUUAUUUUUAUUUUUGUUUCUGCCUUUUCGUUGGUGUUCAAGAUAACUCGCGGUGAGGUAAAAAAUGUGCAUUUAUUAUGAAAAUUUUAAAAGAAGUUGUUAAUGUGAAAAUAAACCUUUUUAAUGUUCACUUUUUUUCAUAUCAUAAAACAAAGGU